AUGCGUGAACAGUUGACUCGGGACAUGCUUUUGAGCCUUGAUUGGACAAGAGAAAUUUCAACCUGUGAUCCUGCCUACUACAGAUGGACUCAGUGGCUCUUUAUAAAACUCUACAAGGCAGGUUUAGCCUAUCGCCGCUUGGCUGUGGUAAACUGGGAUCCAGUGGAUCAAACCGUCUUGGCGAACGAAUUAGUGGACGCUGAGGGGAGGUCCUGGCGUUCGGGAGCCGUGGUUCAGAAGCGCACAAUGCGUCAGUGGUAUUUUCGAACGCUGGCCUACUCCACGGUAGGUGAAACAAUCGAAGUUUGCCAUAUGCUUGACCUCUGA